AGCACUCGGCUUUCUCUUGGUGGAAGCUCGCGGAGGAGCAGCAGCAGCGUCACCGACUUUCACCGUCUCCAAAAUGGAGGAAUCGAGUAGUUGACGUUUUCUUUUUAAACUUCAAAAAAAUAACCGCCACCUCUUUUUGUUUUCGCCUCGCUCGCGAUCAGCGUUAAAAAAAAAACCGCCGUUUUUUUUUAAAGAAACAUCUGUGCGCGUGAGAGAAACAUGAAGUUCAUCAUCGGAAUCGGAGGGGUGACUAACGGGGGUAAAACGACCCUGACUGACCGUCUGCAGCGGAAGCUGCCCAACUGCUGUAUGGUGCAUCAGGACGACUUCUUCAAGCCCCAGGAUGAGAUCGAAGUCGGGGAGGAUGGCUUUAAGCAGUAUGAUGUGAUCACAGCUUUGGACAUGGACGCCAUGAUGAGCACCAUCUACGCCUGGCAGGAGAACCCGGUGAAGUUUGAACGCUCUCACGGUGUGGAGAGCACGCUGGAUCGCGAGAUCCUCCCUCGCUCCGGAGAGGACGAGGACGAGAGCGUGCACAUCCUCAUCGUGGAAGGGUUUCUGCUCUACACCUACGGUCCUCUGAUUGACGUGUUUGAUCAGCGGUUGUUUAUUUCCAUCCCGUAUGAAGAAUGCAAAAAGAGGAGGUGCUCAAGGAACUACGCCGUGCCGGACCCCCCGGGUCUGUUCGAUGGUCAUGUUUGGCCGAUGUACGUCAAACACAAGAAGCUGAUGGAGGACAUGGGAGUGGAUGUCGAACAACUUGACGGAACCCUGUCGAAGGAGCAGCUGUUUAACACCGUGUAUGGAGACAUCAUCAACAACAUCCAGAAGCUAAUGAGGUCUGUUGAUCAGCACUAAGCCGCAUAAGGAGGAAUACGAAGUCAUCUCUGCCGCAGAAGAGUGUGUGUGUGUGCGUGAGUGUGUGUGCGUGAGUGUGUGUGCGUGAGUGUGUGUGCGUGAGUGUGUGUGCGUGAGCGAGUGUGUGUGUGUGCGAGUGUGUGUGUAUGGUCUCAGACUGGCUCUGCGUUGACUGUUAUCUGCUUUAGCUCUUUUAUACCUGUAUAUCCUCCAUAUUUAUUUGCAGUAAUAACAAAGCGAGCUCCUGUUAGAUGCUCUGGAGAGUUUAAUACACACUCCGUAUUAAAGACGCCACUCCUACA